GGAGGGAGGGUGGAGUCUGGUGGGGGGGUGAUCACGUGGUGCUGUCGGUGCCGGGAUCAUGGCGGAGCUGACAGCUGAGGACGCCGCGGCGCUGUCGCUGCUCCUGCAGGCUCCCUCAAAGGAGGCUCUGCGAGCGGUGGUUUCCCGGGCGCUGUCGCCCUCCGCCGCCCUUCGCACGGGGCUCAAGGAGGAGGUGAUGGGAGCCCUCGAGCUGGCGAGCAUCGAGCACGCGGAGCAGCUGGUGCUGGCGCUCGCGGCUCUGGCGAAGCGCGCCGUGUUUGUGUGCCCCGUGGGCCCCGAGGAGGCCCUCCGCUUGCUCCCGGAGAAGCUCCCCGCCGGCCUGAGGACGCUGCUGGCAAAGGCGCUGCUCGACAACGUGCCAGCAUGGAGAAGUGAGCUGAUCUCUGACCAGGUGUCUCUACCUCGCCUGGCCUCCAUGGAGUGGAGCGUGCACGUGAAGGCCGCCUCUGACGAGGUUGCGCAUCUAGCUGUCCCUACCUGUCUCCUGCAGCUGCAGUUGGAGGGUGCGGAGGAGACGGGGCCGCUCACAGUGGAGCUCGGACGUGAGACACUGCACACCCUGCUGGACACGCUGGGGCGCAUCCGCACGCAGCUCUCUGCCGUGGCGCAGCCCUGAGCGGGUGGGGGAAUGCGGGAGCGAGGAUGAUUCACGAGGAGCCGUGUGACGUUUCGUCUCCUCCUUCUGCACAGGGACAAAUGCUGCUCCUGUGCACCACGCCAUCUGGGGAGUUGAGGGUUGGCAGAGCCUGGAAUUGGCCUAACAUCCCAAUGUAGGACCGUGGAGCUUGGGUAAUUAUUUGCCCCGGUUCUGGUUUGCCCUCUCGCUUGCCCGUGGUAUCCCAUGCCUCCGAGCAGUAUUUGUGCGCACUUUACAAAUUCUACAGCGUUUUGAGAUUAAUGUUACAUGCGGGACUACAAAUAAAACAUGGGAUCUCCAGCAACAGCAGCGUACAGUUUGUAGUCCAGCCAUCCUCAUGGUGAGAUUUGAAAACCAGUAAAGGCACUAUCUUUGAAUCAGCCUUUAGUUGCCGUUUUGAACCAAAAUUAUGUUUUUAUGGGAGCAAUCGAGUUAUGUAAAUGAAUCGCAGUGCCUGUCGAUGAAUGAUAUCGAGCAUUGCACAUAUUGUAAUAAAAAAAUGAUCGGAUAAAAUGUCCGUGACUACUUCAAAUGGUGCCCAGCCAUUCCCACUCUGUUCUAGGCCUGCCUGCACAAAUGAGCUUGGUCCUGAUGCCAAAUGUGCAAAUAAGUGUCUAUCGCAUUUCAUAUGAUUCCGUUCUAUCCCUUCUACUCCCUCUCUCUGAUCACAGCCCUCCAUGACAUACCCAGGCAUGGCACGUUGGCUGGGCAGGACAUUAGGUAAAGACAGGGCGAUGAUGGCUAUACAUUUUUUCACAAAAAAUUCAACAAAGUAUGCUGGGCUACGGCUGCGUAGAUUGAACGUUCACACGUGUUGUAAUUGAUCACUGUGUGGAGUUAAUACGCUCAAUUACUUUGGAGAUGACAACGAAUGUCUUGGUGACCCCUUGAUGACAACAGGGUCACCACGGUCGGAGCUCGGGGCGAGUUGAAGCAAGAGGGACGAGCGAUCGUUCAAUAUACUGCUCCCCACUUUCAAAAUCAUGGGGACACAGUGUCAGGGUUGGCACGUAUUACCACGCAGUGGAAAGGUGGUGUUGGAGACGCGCUGUGGUAGGCUGUUUGAAUAAUGGUUGUUGUUUAAGUGAGGCUGUGGUAGGGAGUGCACUACGCCAUGAACCAGGCAACCCGAGUUUGAGUCCUCGUCACGACAAGUGAAGAGUGGUAUCUGAACCAGUCCUAGGUACCCCCCUUCACUAAACUGCUCUGAUCAGAGUGAUAAAGUUCGGUGAGAGAGUCCCCCCCCCGAACCCGACACGGUGUGUUGAGGCCUUCAUCCAGCAAUGGAUUAGCCCGAAGUACUUUAUUUGCUGGUGUAAACUUGACUUGUGUUAUUGGAUGUGUCGUAGCCGUUCACUGAAUGUGAACAAGAAGCUGAAGGUGACAAAGAGGCAAACGCUGCUGGGAGGUUUGUGCUAAGAUGGCCAACGAUGGCAAAACAAGUUGUGUUUGGACACCAUGGGCUCACGCCAAACGCUUGGUCUGAAGAAUGGACGCAGCUUGGUGGAGAGAACGGGCCAGCGUCUGGCUUUGAUCAACACUUGAUAUCCGGCUUAAAAUUAGUACAGUAAGUCGUAAUUUAACGCGAAAGGUGCAUUCCUGAAAAGUGCUGCGUUAAGCGAAAAACGCAUUAAACAAAAACAAUUUCCCCAUAAAGUAACGAUACAUUUUGGCGAGAUACGAUGUAUUGACGAUGUACUAGACAGUGAGAAGGCAGGACAAAUAACCACCUUAUAAGAGUAACUCUAGGGUAUGCCACCAUGUUACUGUAUCAUUCCAAGUACUGUAUAACUCCUCAGCCGUGCAGCUCAAGAGAGUGUUCAUCGUCGACCACGUUAUAAUGGUGCGCGUUUCGUGUUACAGCGGUGUGCAUUCCACCUUAUAAGAGUGCACGUUCCGCGUUUUGAGAAGUGUUCCCGAAUGGAAGAACCGCGUAGUUAAAAUGCGUUGUGUGAACACCGCGCGUUAAGCGAGCAUGGUGGUUGUCAUCAAGAAUGCCGAUUCUUGCGGGCUCGUUUCAGAAGUCUAAUUUUGUCUGUAAAUGAGUAGGAAAUGAGAUUGUAGAAUUAUAUUAAACUUGAUUUACUAGCACUUAUUGUGGGAUG